UACUAUCCUAAAGAUCUUUUUGUGGAAAUAGAAGCCAAAGCCGAGUAUGUGGACUCUCUUGAUGAUCCAUCGACGCAAGUGACACGAGCAUUAGGCAUUGUAAGUUGCCGUUGCCAUAUUGUGUGCAUUUUUCAUGGUGUAAAGUACGGUAAUAACAUUUUUAUUCUGGUUGCCGAACUAUGCUACAUUGGAGCUGGAAAAUGAAAUAAAAAAAUCUAAAAAGUUUUUUUCUAUAUUGUUUGCAUAUUUUUAUUCAACCUUUUUUUUAUACCGUAUGAGAUGCAUAGAUAUCUUAUAUACACUAGAUAGUGCAUCUAAUUAUUCUGCAAUUCAAAAAUUGAAGCCGUGAUUGCAGGCUCAGGAUAUUCCCAUGAAAUGAGAAGAUUCGUAUGUAUCCUAUUUCUUAAACAGGGAACUUAAACAUUAAGUUAAUCCUAUUAUAAAUACAUUUUCAAACUAUUCAAAUGAUGAAAGUUAUUGUUAUUUUUUAAGUGUUUAUUAGCGAGUGGGAAGCUCCAACAUGGCCGCCAUCUAUUCAAAUGGGGGUAACCGCUGGAAUAUUCUUGGCUUCAAUUUUACUAAAAGAGAUGCGCUAUCUAGUUUAUAUAAGAUAUCUAUGAUGAGAUGGUGUUCAAGAUUCCUCAUUAGACGGUUUUAGAUAACAAGACGCGGACGUCAAGAUGACGUGAAAAUAACGUAUGCACCUCGCGUUCACUUCUGGGUUUUAAUCUGGGACGGUUUGUUUGUCUUUUUCGAAGCAAAUUUUUGUUUUCUUGUUACAUGUUCAUUCCUGUAUUGUUUUCAAUUAGUUGUCAAGAUAUGUGCAAGAAAAGGCUAUAUAAUACUGACCAAGUGUUUCCUGAUGAAUUAGUAUGGACAUUCAAAAAGUUUUUUUUAGAAAAAAACGUUAUAUUUCGGUAUUUUGAAAAGUGAACUUUGUUGCAUCAUUUGGAAUAAAUACAACAGCUGCAGGUAUUGUUUACGAGCUAAUUGUAGCCUAUUCAAUCAAUUUUGUCAACUGUUCAGUAUAAAUAUAGCAUCAGUGUAUAUAUUGGUAAAAUUUAAUACUGUCACGAUAGCUUUUCACGCUGGAAAGCGCUUUUUUGCUUGUCCUACUUUUUGCACUGUAGUGACAGAGCAACUAAAAUUGAUUGAGUUUUUACUGCUUUUGAGUGCUUUUAUUUUUCUACUUUCCCACGUUUUCCUGAUUUUAAACAGUUGUUAAUAUAACUUCAGUUUAGUUUGUUCUAAAAUAUUUGUUUUCAGUGAUGAUUGCUAGCGGUAUUGAAGUGGUUAUUAACAAUACUUGCAUUUUUGUUGAUUUGUUUAUGGCGAUCGAAAGUAUUUGUCGAAAAUCAACUCGUCUAAAAUUUAGCGAAAUACAAGAAAAACAACCUUAUCAAUGGAAAAACGUUAGCUAGUAUCAUUAAACAAUACAUGGGGAACAAAAUAGGAUGAUUUUUAUUAUGCAUAGUCUCAUAUUUUUUUCAAAAGAAGCAAAAAUCUGUGACGUUCUAGAGAGGACAUGAAAAUUGUAUUUUCGCGUCGUGAAAUCGUCCAAGACGACGUCGCAAAGCAGAAGCUGACGAUAGUUGGCGCCAAAUGACGACAUCCACGUCCUCUUGACGUCCGCGUCUUGUUAUCUAAAACCGUCUAUUAUGUGAUUUGGCAGUUGUGUAGUGGUAUACCAAAUACCUCGUAAAAAAGACGCUUAAAUUAAACGAGCUUCACCAAAAAUUCACAAAAUCUAAAUAUGCCAAAUGCACAUAAUUCAGUGUAAAUGUUCGUAUACAACACCGCGUUUACAAUGCCAAAUUGUAAACAAAAACAUGGCUAUUUAAUGAUUUAAGGUAAUUGAAACAAAAAAAAAAUGCGCUAGACGGGUAGUUUAGACAUGAAUAAAAAGAUUUUACAUUUAAAAUCUAAAAAGAAACAGAAUUUAAAAAUUACCGUUUAAGACCGGGAGGCGUGUGAACAUUUCUUGAAAAAGUGUCGAAUACCGAACUUAAAGCAGAAAAGUUAAGAAAACUAUAGAAUAGUUAAGCAUUUGCACACGAUUAAAAAGUUAUACAUGCUACGCAAAAAAAGGUUAUUGACAAAAAUGUGGAUCAUAUGAACCUACGAAAAAUAUCUUUGUAUGCUUGAGUUAAAGAACGUUUUAUACAAUAAAUUUAUCGACAGUCACCUUUGGUUUAUUUUCUUGCAUAAUACUACUUCUUGCACAAUCAUGUAGACUACAAUUAUGUCACGCUCAUUAUUCCGCUUGCAUUUCAAUAGAAAAGGCAAAACAUCGAAGUCGCUUCCAUUUUGAGUUUUUGACAACAUUCGGAACACUUGACAUCAAUUCUUGACAUCACGUUCGUAAUCUCAGUAAUGUUAACGCAUGCGCAGACGUUUUUCCGCGGUGUUACCGUAUACCAACAUAGGGGCAUUUUGUUUGCGCAUGCGCGAGAAUCGUCCCGUUCGAUUGCAAAUGGCGGACUUGUAAGAGGGUUGUGAGUUUUGUCGUGGUUUUUAUGAAAAAUAUGGACUGAAUUUUUGUUCGAUCUUUCAGAAUUCGUGUUAAUUCUACGCAGGUAAGGGUAUUAGUUUUAUUACAGUUUCAUUUUCUCCAAAAUUCAUGAUGGUCUUUCGUUUAAAUUUUCGUCAUUUGCUCCACGCGAUGCUUGCCUUUAUAGUCUCCAUUUCUAUAGUCAGUUGAGCUUUGAUAUGUAGGUUACUCGCUCGUUUGGUGUGUUUUUUUUAUUCUUGAAUAGCAAUAGUAUGAGUAAUUAACGAAAAUAAUGAGAAUCUACUGCCAUAAUUUUGGGAUCAAUAUGGUUGUGUGCAUUUGGUUAAAGAGAUAUUGUACCAAACCCUAUACCAUUGCUUUAGGUUGAAAUUUUCCAAAAUAAUAUAUUUCCUGCCAAACUUCUUUUGCUACUUUCUCAUACAGGUUGUAUUGAGUGUUAAAAACGUAGCAAAUCCCUGAUCCCUUUAUUUGCAAAUAUAUUGAUGCACUACAAGAUCUGUGAGAAGAAUCCAAAUUCCAAAAUAUAUAACAAACUUCUUUUUGUGUGUGGUGAUAAAAAAUCAGAAGUGAGUCGUUCAAACUUCCCCAUAUUUUUUCCACAAAUUAGAUCAGGUGUUGUGAUGGAAAGGACGUCGAGUUUGACAGCAAAAAAUAUGGGAAAAGGGUACUUUUAGCACAGUCAUGUCCUCAGCCCAUGCUCCAAACAUAUAUGGGACUAGCUACCUGACAGUAAGUUGUAAAAAUAUUUUUAUUAGGUGUUGGUGAGUUUUCAGUGAUAAUUUUUGGUUGUAGAGCAAAGUGUUAUUCCAUUUUGUUAAAUUUACAAGAUUUAAUGUUCAGGUGAGGUAUUUAUCUGAACAAAAAUAUUGUUAAUUUUCCCAUUUCUGGUCACAAAUGCUAAAUUAUGGGGUUUAAUUGAUCUUCAAGGUUAAUAAAUAGAAAUUCUGAAAAAUCUGUACACACAAACUUCACUAAAACAGUAUAUGUUCUUCCUAAUCAUCUGUUUCACAGCUUAAAAGUGUUUGAUCAUUUGGAAAAAUUUUGGAAAAGAACUCUUUUUUAGCAUCAUAUAUGUAAAUCAGAUAUACAGCCAGAACUCCCAACUUAUUGGGUAGAGUCGGAGAUAAUCUCAGACAGAUUUGAAAAUUGAAACGAUUUAACGUGCCAGUCUCAUAGCAGCGUGGUUUGUAUGGCCCAUAGGCGUCGAAAGAUCAAAAAGUGGGGGGGGGGGGCAUAUUCAUAUAUUCGGGUUCUGCAUUAUUAAUUUCUUUUGAAAUUGAUUGUUUUUAAGGUCUGUGAACACGAAUAUAUGAAUAUGGUCCCCCUCCACUUAUCGAUCUUUCGACGCCUAUGGUAUGGCCAAACAAAACAAAGUCUAAUUAGUCGACAUUCCCAACAAUAAUGGUGGCUCCUUUUUUUUUUACCCAAUAAGUUGGGAAUGAAUAUUCUGGCUGUAUGUCUAAUUUACAUAUAUGAUGCUAAAAAUGAGCAUUUUUCCCAAUUUUUUCAGAUGAUCAAACAUUUUAAGCUGUGAGACAGAUGAUUAGGAAGAACAUAUACUGUUUAGGUGAAGUUUGUAUGCGCAUAUUUUUAAGAAUUCCUAUUUAUUAACCUUGAAGGUCAAUUAAAUCUUGUAAAUGUAACACAACGGAAUAACACCUUGUUCUACAACAAAAUAUUUUCACUGAAAACUCAUCAAUACGUAAUAAAAAUAUUUUUACAACUUACCAUCAGGUAGGCCCGUAUAUGUUUGGAGCAUGCGCUGCUCAUGACAUGACUGUGGUAAAAGUGCCCUUUUCCCAAUUUUGUGCUGUCAAACUUGACGUCCUUUACAUCAUGACACCUGAUCCAAUUUGUAGAAAAAAUAUGGGGAGGUUUGUAUGACUCACUAUUGAUUUUUUUCAUCGCCACGCACAAAUAGAAGUUUGUUAAUAUAUAUUUUGGAAUUUGGGCUCUUCUCACAGAUCCUGUAUUGCAUCAAUAUAUUUGUAAAUAACAGGGAUCAGGGAAUUGCUACAUUUUUAACACUUAAUACAACCUGUAUGAGAAAAUAGCAAAAUAAAUUUUGGCUGGAGAAUAUAUUAUUUUGGAAAAUUUCAACCUAAAGCAAAGGUAUAGGGUUUAGUGCAAGAUAUCUGUUCAACCAAAUGCACACAAUCACAUUGAUCCCAAAAUUAUGGCAGUAGAUUUUUAUUAUUUUAGUUAAUUAAUUACUCAUACUAUUCAAGAAUAUCCAAACAUAGAAAGAUAAUAAACCUAUUUAAAACAAGAAAACACACCAAACGAGGGAGUAACCUACAUAUUUAUGCUUAAUUGACUAUACAAAUGGGACUAUAAAGGCAAGCAUCGCGUCGAGCAAAUGACGAAAAUUUAAACGAAAGACCAUGAAUUUUGGAGAAAAUUAAACUGUAAUAAAACUAAUACCCUUACCUGCGUAGAAUUAACACGAAUUCUGAGAUAUCGAACAAAAAUUCAGUCCAUAUUUUUCAUAAAAACCAUCACAAAACUCACAACCCCUUUACAAGUCCGCCAUCUGAAAUCGCACGGCCCCCUUACAAGUCCGCCAUUUGAUUCUCGCGCAUGCGCAGACAAAAUGCACCUACGUUCCGUAUACCUGAAUGAAGAACCCAUUAGAUACUUUAUAACCAAAACCCCUAAUCGACCCCAUCUUUAUCAAUCCUAAAUGUAUAAUAUUGAUAAUAUUGAUGUUUCAGGUUAGGAUUCGUGUUUCCCCUGAGAAUGCACCGGCGAACACACCUGCGAAUACACCUGCGAACACACCUGCGAAUACACCUGCGAAUACACCUGCGAAUACACCUGCGAAUACACCUGAGAAUACACCUGAGAAUACACCUGAGAAUACAUCUGCGAAAGCUAAAUCAACUCCAGUCUGGGUUAUCAUUGUCGCUGUAUUGGGUGUUGUCUUGUUGCUUGCUCUCGCCAUUUUGGCUUUGUUUAAGGUGACUGGUAUAAACAUUUUAAUGAUAAUAGCAAUUGAGAAGAAAAGUGUGUUUUGUACAGAUCAAACUUUAUUCUGAACGUCGAUGUGAUUUAUUUCAAAAUCUGUUUCCAAGUAUACAGUGUUUGUAUUGAAAAUUAGACAAUGUUUACAAAGUUGUGACGCCAAUUUUUAUCACUCUUACAUUCCAGCUUGGUUUCUUCAAAAGAAAUCGACCUUCAAAAUACAUAUAUUCUGCCACACAGGCUGACGACGCACCACCGGUCGUGCAAUCUAGUUUUCAAAUGAAUACCUUCGGCAAAGAUUAA